UCACUAUUUUCUUAAAUCCUGUUUUCAAUUCAACCGCCGUAACAUUUGUAUGUUAACUUAACAGAGUGCAGCACGCCGGCAAUGAUUGGAAAGUUUCUUCAUUUUUGUUCGCUACACACAUUAGUUUAUCAACAAUUGCGAGGAACUGCACUUUCGACUUCAUUACGUAGUUUACGGCCGCAUAGCACAGCCGUCGCCAUGGACAAAGUUUAUUUCCGCAAUGCACAAAACACAGAAGAGCUUCACAUUACAUUUCGUUACGCCAACCAGGAGCUUAAAUUGGAUCGCAGCUUUAACUUUUGUCGACGCAUGAGCGAGCGCGUGGAUGAAGCGCUCCUACGCAUACGCAACAAUGUUGAAAAGGAGCUCACCAAAAAGAGUAAGAAGAAACUAAAAGGAGCAGCAGCUGUCGAGGCACCGUUGGCUGUCAUUCCUAAUAAGAUUGUUGUGGAGUUCCGUCGGGAAGGCUCCGAGGAACAAAUUCUGGGCGUAACCUUUGAAGAGCUGCUCAAGAGCUCGGCGGAUGGAUUGAAGUUGCGAAUACACGACACCAACUUUGAUGUGCUGCUUAAUCAGCCUUGGAUUGAUUCAGUACAAUUGCCCAGCUCCAUUUUAGCAGGUUUUCUGGUUUAUCCAUUAAAGCUUGAUCUGGAGUUCGCCAGCCGCGAGCAUAGUAUAGCUGAAUGGUAUAGGGCAGUAAAGCCAGCAAAUGGUAUAUUUAAUGAGAAGGUCGCCUGGGAGCGCUGUGCGGAAGGAUUCAUCUAUCAGACCUCUGCAUCAGACGUUGGUCAUUAUCUGAAGCUGGUAAUUAGGCCAGGUAACGAGCAGGGUCUCCUUGGCCCAGCUACAGAAUGCAUCAGUAAAUUACCCGUGCAGGUAGGACCCACGGACUGUCCAUUUGAACAGCGUCAUCAAUAUACUAAGCAGCCUUUAAGUGAUCCCAAUGCAAUACGGGUGGUCAGCUACAAUCUGCUGGCCGAUCUUUAUGCUGAUGGAGAUUAUGCGCGUAAGACUCUGUUUCCCUAUUGUGCGGCGGAUGCACUUAAAAUCGAUUAUCGCAAGCAGCUGUUUAUUAAGGAGCUGCUGGGCUACAAUGCGGACCUCAUGUGCCUGCAGGAGGUGGAUUUGAAGAUUUUUGAGCAUGAUCUAAAGCACGUACUGCACAGCUUUACUGGCAUCAUGACACCCAAAGGAACCUGCGCCGAAGGUAUUGCUCUAUUCUAUCGCACCUCAAGAUUUGAAUUGGUGAAGAACUAUGUUCUGCACCUGGGUGAUAACAUAAGCACGCUGCCUGUUUUUACGCCGCUGUGGAAUAGAAUUAAGAGCAACGAGCAGCUAGCCAAGCGCAUCUGCGAACGAACCACUACGUUGCAAUUGUCUUUGCUGCAAGUGAAGGAGACUGGUCGCUAUGUUUUGGUGGCCAACACCCAUUUAUACUUUCAUCCAGAUGCCGAUCAUAUACGACUGCUACAGAUCGGCUUUUCGGUCAUCUUCGUGGAGCACAUCUACAAACAAGUCAUAAAGGAGCGCAAUAUCACUUCUCAAAAUAUUGGUCUAAUAUUUUGUGGCGACUUCAAUAGCGUACCGGAAUGCGGCAUCUAUAAGCUGAUGACGGAGCAGUUUGUGGGCAAGGAUUUUGUGGAUUGGCGCAGCAAUGAAAAGGAAGCUGUCGAAGAUGUGGAGCUUCGACAGCCUUUCCUAAUGAGCUCCGCCUGUGGCACUCCGCCUUAUACUAACUAUACAAAUCUAUUCGCUGCCUGCUUGGAUUACAUAUUCUAUCAAAACGACUGUUUCGAUCUCCUGCAAUCUGUGCCGUUGCCCACGCUAGAACAGUUGAGCGAGAAUGAGGCUAUACCAUCCGUUAAAUUCCCCUCAGAUCAUGUGGCUCUCAUUGCGGAUCUAGCAUUUAAAUCUUGUUAAUAGCAAUUUACUAUAUAGUUAGAACUAUAUAAACUGUCGAUAGUAUCGAUUUGGUUGUU